AGCUAAAACCUUGUACUAAACCCUAAACGAGACUCUGCGGCGAACAUGGCGCAGAAUAGCAGGAAGAAGCCGAACAUCUUGGUGACGGGAACGCCAGGCACAGGCAAGACAACGACGUCGUUUUCGCUGGCGGAGGCCACCCAGCUCCGCCACAUUAACAUCGGCGAACUCGUCAGAGAGAAGAACUUGCACGACGGAUGGGACGACCAGUUCGACUGCCACAUCAUCAACGAGGACCUGGUGUGCGAUGAGCUCGAGGAUUUGAUGGAAGAAGGGGGAAACAUUGUGGACUACCAUGGUUGUGAUUUCUUCCCUGAGCGAUGGUUUGAUCGUGUGGUGGUGCUUCAAACCGACAACUCUGUGUUGUAUGACCGCCUGAGUACGAGAGGAUACACGGGAUCAAAGCUUUCAAACAAUAUCGAAUGUGAAAUAUUUCAAGUGUUGCUGGAGGAGGCGAAGGAGAGUUAUCCAGAGGACGUUGUAGUGGCCCUAAAGAGUGACACAGUCGAUGACAUUACUCGAAACGUGGCUUCUUUGACAGAUUGGGCGAGGAGUUGGCAACCCAAAGCAUGAUCACAAUGACUGAUGGCUUUGAAGGGGGGCAUUGGCUCUUCUUCUGUGAGGAUGUUCCCAUCAGAGUGGUUUUUGCUUGAACCAGAUUCUUGGUUUUUUGUUUUUAUUUUUCCAUCUUUUCAACCUCUGUGUUUUAAUAUGGAAGUGAGUGAAGAUAUUUCUAUAAAUCUUUCAACAUAUCAUGAUGUAAUUUGUACGAGAUGAUAAAUGUACUAUUUCUCCCUCUCCAUUGAAGUCUUCAGCGGAUUUUGGCUCA